GUUCUUAUUGGAAAAAGCUACGUUCUAAGUUUAUGCUUAACAAUAUGUCUUUUUUCGAUACCUUCAGGCAUCGAGCGUGUCACAACGCUGAUUUUUUAAUAUAAAUCUUUUUAAAAGUCGUACAUCCGACAAAAUUUAUUUAAAAUGUUGAUGCCCAAGAAGAAUCGCAAUGCAAUCUAUGAACACUUAUUUAAAGAAGGAGUAAUGGUUGCAAAAAAGGAUUACCAUGCACCUAAACAUCCGGAAUUAGAGACUAUUCCCAAUCUUGAAGUCAUCAAGGCUAUGCAGUCUUUGAAAUCAAGAGGAUACGUAAAGGAACAAUUCGCAUGGAGGCACUUCUAUUGGUACCUCACCAAUGAAGGUAUUGAAUUCCUCCGUGGAUACCUCCACUUACCCCCUGAAAUUGUUCCAUCUACAUUGAAAAGACAACCUCGUCCUGAGACAUCUCGCCCACGUCCCGCUGCUUCAAAGAGCGAGUCCUCAAGACCCGCUGAAGACCGUGCCGGAUACAGACGUGGACCAGGUGGUCCUCCAGCUCCUGGUGACAAGAAGGCUGAUAUUGGUCCUGGAACAGCUGAUCUUGAAUUCCGUGGUGGAUUUGGUCGUGGCAAAGCCCCUCAAUAAAUAAUUUGUAAUAAAAUUGAUAAUAAAAUAUCUUAUUGAAAA